CGUCCCCCUCGGCGGACACCCUGGGGGUCGCUGCCCAGCCCGGCCCGUCUGUGUGGGGAGACCCCGGGGCCUCCUGUUCCCCCCCCCGAGGCCUCCUGUUCCCCCCCCCGAGGCCUCCUGGAUAGUCCUUCGUCUUUAAUCCUUUCAGUAUCUUCCUAUCUUUAAAAAAAAAAAAAAGCUAAAUAUGUCAAUGCUUCGUACAAAUAUAUAAACCGAUGCAUUACUCUUAAAAUCAAUGUAAUUAUGCAAACUUGCACUGAGUAGCCUUUGUUUUUAAAAAUAGCUGUUGGUGGGAAGACCAGCCGUUUAAAUGAAGAAAUCCAUAUUAAAAGAUGGCGAUUGUAUUAUUGCAGUUAUUUGCGGAUUAACGGGUGUUCAAACUCUUCAACUGUUUGCCCAGCAAUAAUUCUCUGACAGGUCGUUACGUUUUUAGUUUGGUGUUGGGUUUUCUCUGUGUGUGGCGCAUCCUUCAGAUCAGCAUUUCGUGGGAUUGUCCAUGUGUGGUGCCAGACCUGCCCUCGGCGCUUCUCGGAGUCCUGGUGCAGCAGCAGGAGGACGAGGAAGGUUCCCAAAGGAAGAGGAAGGUCCCUGAGGAAAAGGAAAAUUUCUGGAGGAAGAGGAAAGCCCCCUGAGGAAGAGAAAGGUCCCCCCGAGGAAGAGUUGUCGCUGCCCCCACGUUAUUUCUGCAUUUCAAGUGACAGAGCCCGGCCAGGGGGGCUGACACCCGCCUGCCCACUCACAGGAGAGCGGAGAGGGAGGAUGGAGGAAGGGAAAGCACAUCCACCGGAGGGGGUGUUCGCUCACCUAGAGAUGCUGGAGGCACGGGCUCACGAGGCGGCCGUGAAGCAAGCGGCAGCGGAGCAGCAGAAAGAGCAGCUGGCCAGGCUGGAAGCGAGAGUGCAGGAGCUGCGACAGCGGCGGGAUGAGCUGCAGGCUAAAGUGGAACUGCAGGAGCAGGGGCAACAUGGGCAAGAAGGAGUUGUGUCAGAUCCAGCACAGCACAGUGCUCAGACUGUUUUAGAGUGGAAGAUAAGAAAAGUUAAGUCCACGCUGCAGGUCUUUUACCUCACAGGGAUCAGUGGGAAGCUGAGCAAGCAUGGCGUGUGUUUCUGCAUCAGCACGGCUUACGAGGGCAUCUACUUGGAUUCCUACUACCUGGACCUGCUCACUGAGCCACAAGUGCGGAUUCACCGCCACUCCGUCCCCAUCUUCAUCCCCAUGGAGCAGAUUGCCAAGAAGUACUUGCAGACAGACAUCAGGCGCUUUUUGUCCGUCCUGUCCGACCAUCUGAACGCUUACGUAGGGAGGAGGUACCAGGCAGACCAGUUACAGGAGCACUUUUCAGAUCGGCUAGAAGGAACCAUGCAAAGGAACUCCUUGUGUAACUUGUUGGUCUUUAAUUACAACCCAUCAAGUAAAAGCGAGACCUUUCCAUUCAACGCGAGGCUGCUUUAUGGAGAUCUCUGCUGCAGCCUCCCCACUGAAGUUGUCAUUUCCUGUGCACCGGACGCUCCCGCAGCCCUCGCAGAGACGGCAGCAGCGCACUCGGACCUGUUUCGCCGCCUGGCCCUGCACAAAGCGUUCGGCUCCUUCGGCAGCGCGGGGGAACACGUGGAUGGAGCUCGGUGACCGCCCGGCCUUUCCUUGGGAAUGUGUCUCCCCAAGCUCGAUGGGCAAAUAUUCUCUGUUGGCCUCUUUGGAUCUUGAAAUCGAUGUUUUCCUGAGGCUUUGGGGUGUCUGGUGCAGGGAAUCUCUCCUCGGCGCUGUGCUGCUUCGCUUGUUCAAGUGCCCAUCUCCACAGCUGCAGGAAACAUCGCGCGGCUGAAAUCAGAAACUGUAUUUGAACUGCAAAAUCUCAGUGUUUUGAGGACGACAAUUUAUAGAUCAGCACCAUGCACCUCAAAAAGAGGGGAGCGAGUGGAUAAGCUGUGCCCUACGGCCAUAAAGGACUUUGUGUCAGAAGCUGGAAGCGACCGAGGGACAGAAGUGACACUGAACUUUCCAGAAAGUGUCACCCCCGCGAUUUCCUUCCCUUCAGGCACGUGGUGGCUUUGCUGCCAUCCCAUCCUGCUUCAAGUCUGGCUCAGAUCUUUAAAAACUUGCUGGUUUGUAACAGUCCUUCCAUGACUUGUUCAUUAAAUAAAUCAAAUAUAAGUUACUGAAA